UUGCUUACUAUGUCUUUGGCUGACACAACAAAAGCACACACAGAUGGGCAUUUCCCCAGCCUGGCGUCAGGGAGCAACGGGAAGUCUGCGGAAGGCAGGAGUGACCCAGAUGCUGGCCGUUUGUCCAGGAACAGCAGGACUUCCAGCGGGAGUGUGGAUUACAGCACGUCUCAGUGCUCCUACGGAAGCUUAGCCUCUCAGUGUGACUAUUCUGAAGACUUUCUCUCCGAAUGCUCCGAACCAGCCAUCACUGUCAGUAACCAGUAUUACUCAGAGCAGAAUUCGAUAAAAGAAAAGAAGAAAAAGUAUACCACUUAUAAAAUCCCCCAGCCUAAAGGCCUGAAGGACAUCCCAGUUGAGAAAACCCACACAUGGAAUUCAUCAUUUCUCAAUUCUCAAAUCCGUACGAUUGACAAAAGAAGAGACACCAUGACACACCGAAUACUCUCAGCCCGGCUUCAUAAAAUUAAAGAGCUGAAGAAUGAAUUAGCUGACAUCCAUCGGAAACUGGAAGCCAUUGUCAUAGAAAACCAAUUUUUGGAACAACUUCAGUUUUGGCACUUGAAAGCUAUAGGCAAAUAUGUGAACUCACAAAAUAAUCUCCCUCAAAUCACAAUUAAACACCAGAAUGAGGUGAAAAACUUAAGGCAGCUCCUUAGGAAAUCCCAGGAGAAGGAGCAAACUGUGUCUCGGAAACUCCGCGAUAUGGACAGUGAGUUACUGAGGACCAAGGAUGCCCUACAGGCCCUACAGAAACUUUCUGAAGACAAAAAUCUUGCAGAAAGGGAAGAACUGACUCACAGAUUGACUGUUGUUAUGGCCAAAAUGGAGACAAACAACAAAAAAAUACAGAACUUGGAAAAGCAACUGAGGUUGAACAAUCGAUCCUUUGGUCGACAGCUGGCCAAAGAAAAUCGCAAGACGUUAGCAGCGCAGACAGCUACGAAGACGCUGCAGGGGGAGGUGAAACAGCUGCAGCAGAAGCUUAAGGAAAAGGAUCAUGAGCUUGAAAUUAAAAACAUCUACAGUAAUCGAAUACUUAAAAACUUACAUGAAAAAGAUGAUUACCCAAAAGUUUAUUCAACAAAAUCAGUGCAAGUGGACAGAAAAAGUUUGCCAUUUAUAAACACAAGACACCAGGAAGGCCAAAAGUCAGACGUCCCAUCUUGGACAGCUAAGGGUAAAAUGACAACAGGAAACAUUGGUCAUAAGGAAAAAGUGAUGGAAAAAAACCACGCAAUUGCUUAUUGUAUCAGUAAACUACCAAAGCAAGAGGAGUCUAAGACAAAAUACAAAGGUAAUUUAAGAGCUCCAACUAUGGAGCCUCUGGGCUCGGCUCCCGGCUGUGCCACCUCCAGCUCCCCGCACCCCGCACCCCGCACCCCGUUUAACCCGCCCGGCCUGUUCUUCCCAGUAGAUUUCACUAAGGAAGCGGAGCGUCCCAGGCCGCCGGCCCCCCUGGACAGCCUCCGGAGGCCCGAGAGGCAGGAGCGGGAGGACGCCGACAGCCCGCGCCCCGCGCCGGAACCCGAGCCCGAACCCGAACCCGAGCCCGAGCCGGACCCCGAACCCGAGCCGCAGCCCGAGAGCCGCGACCCGGAGCCGGACGCCGAACCCUGCGCGCCGCGCCGACCGCGGAAGCACUACGCGUUCAGCGAGGCCACCGAGAACCUGCACCACGGGCUGCCCACGGCGUCCGCCAGACCGCGCUGCCGCCACGGGGGCCCGCACCGCGCCGAGGGCUACGAGCCGUCCUUCCGCCUCGCCCCGGCCUCGGCCGGCAACGCCUUCGGGGACUCGCGGGCCACCGGGGGCCAGGUCGUGCGGGCCUCGCCGGAGGGCAAGCGGAAGGCGGCCAGCUGA